AUGAACUGUCCCGUCGGCCUGCGGGCCAGCCGAGGGAUACGAUGCGCACUACCACACACCGCUAGUCAAGCGAAGUGUCGCGUCGGCGCGCUGCGGCGGCCCGCGCGGGGCGGGCGGCGGCGGGAGGGCGUCUGCCACGCAGGGCGGCGCCGGCAACCUGCAGGCGCGCCGGAGCACGAGGACCUCUCGGAGUUCGAGGCCGGCGCGGUGGACUCCCUCCGCGAGGAGGAGUCCUUCAUGGACGGGGACUUCUGGGACGACCCGGACGUCGAGGUCGGGGACUGGGACAGUUUCGAUGAAGAUGAAACAUUCUUCUUUGACGACGACGGCUCAGCGCUGGCCGGGAUCGACACGGGCGGCCAGCCGUGGGCCGAGGCUGCGCUUCAGGCUGCGAACGAGGUCCUCGACGCCCGCCGCGGCGACGCGAGCACCGCGCUGGAGCUCCACACGCUGCGUGCGACGCCGGGCACGCGGCGGCUCGUGCUGCGGCUGGACAAGCCGUCUGACCCGUACGGCUCGCCGUCGCUGGACGACAUGGAGUCGUUCGCGCGGGAUUUCAACGCGCGCUUCGAGGCGAGCGUCGGCGAGACGGUCGCGGGCGAGAUCGAGGUGGAGGUGUCGUCCCCGGGGGCGGAGCGCCCCGUGGUGGUCCCCGAGGAGCUCGAGCGGUUCAAGAACCUGCCGAUGCGCGUGGAGUUCUUGCUGGAUGAGGAGAGCGGGCGGUCGGACACGCGCGUGCUGCGAGUGCAGUCGUGGGACGAGGAACUCACGACGUGGGCGCUGGCCGACACCAAGCAGCACCGCAGGGAGAGCAAGGGGCGGGCGCUGACGCGGAAGCAGCGCGAACUGCGGCUCGAGCUGCCUGUCUCGAGCAUAGUGCGGGUCAAUCUCUUCCUCGAUGUGUGA